GUAGAAUAAAAGAGUCAUUGUCGAUGAAUAUGGUCACGCAUAAUUUAUACCUAUAUCAUUAUUAUAAAUCCGGAUAGUAUUCGUAUCUUUUCCUGAGUGAGUGAUGUCUCAACUGGGAAAAAGGAUGCACGAACUUAUAAAGCCUUUAUCGUGGUUGUUAGGGAAAUGGCGAGGUGAGGUUGGCAAAGGCAAAUAUCCAACUAUAACAGACUUUACCUAUGUAGAAGAAUUGGAAUUUAUGCAUGUUGGACAGCCUAAUAUUCAGUUUUCGGCAUAUUCUUGGCAUCCAGAGACAAACAAACCAAUGCACAGAGAGGUGGGUUUUAUCCGUCGCAAACCAGACUCUGAUCAAAUAGCCUUCAUCAUUGCGCAGAAUCUUGGUGUAUGUGAAAUAGAAGAAGGGACAUUUACAGAGUCUGAAAUAAAAGUUGAAUCUCAUAGUCUCGGUCGACUAACUUUUGGUUCUGACCCUGCAACAAAAAAGGUGAUCAGACACUUCAAAAGGGAUUGUGAUACUUUAGAACAAAUACUUUAUAUGGAAACAGUAAAUACGCCUAUGACAGAACAUCUAAGAAUAACUUACAAAAAGGUUUAACUCGAUUGACUUUACCUUCCUCCAACCAAGAUGUUAUGGUGUUGAUUCCAAUUGCAUUUAAUUUGUGUACAUAGGUUUGGUUUUUUUUUAUUUGUUGUUUUAUUUAAUUAAAAAAGAAAAGAAGAGGAAAACCUUAUCGUAGCUUUGUAGUAUGCACCAAAUUAAUAAUAAUUAUCAUGGGUAUUAGUAAAAAAAAACGUAUAAAGAAUAAACGGUAAAUAACAUCAACAUUUUAACUACUAGAUUCGAAUAAAACAACAAACGACAACAAUUUACUUACAGACACCGGACUGGGUAAGGCAAUAACGGAUAGCGGCGGUAUUAAACCUGUUUUAAUGUGCCAAACCCUUCGGCGUAACACAGACAGAGGAGUAACAGGACAACAUAUGAACAUUUAAAACACAUGACAGCUAUGUUAAAAUUAAGAUUAAACUAGUAUCUGUGACUCUUCGUUUAAUCUGUUUAUAACAGACUAACUAGUUGGAAAUAAUUACCCGUCUAUGUCCGAGUCGCACAUCUUGUAAUGCGAUCUUCAAAAAAUAAGUUGCGCAUAGCCGCUUUUCACCGGUAAAAAUCUGUUUUAUACGUUUAUUAUGUUUUGAAUUACAAUUUAUAACACCAUCCUUAUCAUAUAUUCAUUUCGUUAAAGCAUACAUUAAUUCGGUUAGCUACAGUUUCAAAUCGAACUUAAUACAGGAAUGGUCGUGUGUAAGAACACGAUAAAACACUUGUGAAUGUUCCGGUUGAUUAGGAAACACUUGAACCAAAUGACUUAUAUACAUUAAGAUGUACAGUGCGUUGUAUUUUUAUUCAAUAGUUUGUUUUAUGUUAUAGGGAAGAACUUGUAGCUAUCCUGUUUAAGCGGUUUUCUAUUAUGUCAAAACGAGCACAAUGUUGUUUUGAAUUAUAAAAAAAAUAAUGAAUAAAAGUAUUGAUAGUAAUUGACGUCAAUUACCCGUAUUGACUUCUAAUAGUAAAAAUAACUACUAUUCAGCUCAUCUUGGCGAUCUUUCUAAAUUGUAUAACAGAAAUAGCCUCGAAAGAAAACACUGUGUUGUAAAAUCUAAAACAACAGUAAUGAAAUAACAUUGGACAAACAAAAUAUCUGUAGCAUGUUCCACAUUUCCUGUAAACAGUGAAAUACAUACUAAUGAAUAUGUUCAACAAGCAUUUGGUACCGAUGAUUAACCUAGGUUAAGAACUAUAGAUACAUGGACUAUUUUUUUCGCAGUUAGAUUCAUGUUGUUUGGCGUUUUGUGACAUAUGGAUACGCAAUCAUUUCCAAUUGGCAUUGUUAGAGCAUGACAUCGAUCCCUAGUAGUGAAUCAUGUAAUGUCCUCUGCACGAGUUUUUAUUUGUAAAAUAAAUCCUAAAGAAAAUUUAAUUCUGACACAAAUUUACUUUCGCAGCUUUAUUGCACAUUCACCCACGGGUAUCAACCAAACAAAUAACCAAUUAUAAAUUAUAUCCCAGUAUAAUCACAAUAUACAGUUUCCUCAUUUAAAAGUAAAAUUAUACCUUCAAAUUACUGCAAUAUCUACAGAGAUGUGUAAUACUUGGCACAACAUGUUUGGUUUCCAUUAAGGUUGUAGCGAUCACAUAUGCACCAGUUAGGCCUGCCCGGAACCUCUAGCCUUGUUUAGUCUUGUGUACUGUUUAUUUUAAUGAUGGUUCUUUUUCUGAGUUUAGAAUGGCUUCAAAUUUGCUAGACUCGUAUCCAUUAUAAAGGACCAGCUAAAGCCCGCGUUCGAGUAUGGGAAUUAAUUGCUGCGUUGACAACCACUGUUGGCCUUUGGCUGCUUUCUGCGCGUCUGGCGUAUAUACAAAAUUUAGUCCUGGUAUCUAUGAUAAGUUUAUCUACUGAUCGGGCUAUUGACACUUUGACACAUUCCCUGUUUCUGUUCUAUAUUAUAACAUGCAAAGUAUAACAAGGUAACGGAAGUAAUGCAAUGAACAUUAUAGUCAUUUAUUAAUGUGCAAACAUGUACCAGUAAUAAAAGAUUUUAAGGAAGA